AUGAAGACUGAAGAUUUCGACAAUGAUCAAGCUGGAACACAAAUGGUUCAGGCUCAAAAUGACUCGACCGAAAAGGCAUUCAGAGACACAGAGGUGCUGCCAUGGCACAAGCAAAUAACUGUGAGGUCUAUGGUCACAAGUUUUUUUCUUAGCAUCAUCUUCAACUUCAUCGUGUGCAAGCUCAAUCUCACCACUGGUGUAAUACCAUCUCUAAAUGUCGCGGCGGGGCUGCUGGGAUUCGCAAUCAUGAAAGGAUACACAGCCUUACUUGACAAGUUAGGUCUGUUGAAGCAGCCUUUCACUCGUCAAGAAAACACAGUGAUUCAAACCUGUGUUGUGGCCUCGUCUGGGAUAGCCUUUAGCAGCGGCAUGGGGAGUUAUUUACUAGGAAUGAGCCCUCUAGUAGCUGCUCAGGGAGAUGCAGGCAACACUCUAAUCAACAUCAAGAGGCUUGCGAUUCCGUGGAUGACAGCAUAUCUCUUCACAGUCAGCUUCGUUGGGCUGUUUUCAAUAAUACCCUUGAGAAAGAUGAUGAUCAUUGAUAGAAAACUAACGUACCCAAGUGGAACAGCAACAGCGCACCUCAUCAACAGCUUCCACACCCCCAAAGGAGCCAAGAUGGCAGCGAGACAGGUUGCUGUUCUCUUCAAGAGCUGCUGCGGCAGCUUUGCGUGGUCCUUUUUUCAGUGGUUUUUCGCGGCUUCAGAUGGCUGUGGGUUUGCUAGCUUUCCAAUUUUUGGUCUCAAAGCCUACAAACAGAGGUUUUACUUCGACUUCUCAACCACAUAUAUUGGAUGUGGAAUGAUCACCUCUUACAUGGUGAACGUAUCCAUGCUCGUUGGAGCUGUGAUAUCAUGGGGAAUCAUGUGGCCUUUGAUUGAACAAAAGAAAGGUAUCUGGUAUGGUGCUCAUCUUUCUGCGAGUAGUCUUCAUGGAAUCCAAGGUUACAGGGUCUUUAUUUCCAUAGCAAUGAUACUUGGUGAUGGUCUAUACCAUGUUAUGUACCAUGCUGGUUAUGCGGUUUUCAUUAUCAUCAAAAGUCGGUUCAGCAAUAAACCAGAAGAAAAGAAAGUAGAGUUGUCAUCGCCACCAGUUCUACCAUUAUCCAAUAUGGACGCUAGAUUGCCCUCAUCAGAAACUGAACUGAGUGAAAACUACGACGAGCAACGAAGAACUGAGUACUUCUUGAAAGACCAAAUUCCGCGCCGGUUUGCUGUCUCUGGCUACGUUGCUCUUGCAGCCAUAUCUUCCAGUGUCCUUCCAUUCGUGUUUCACCAACUAAAAUGGUAUCAUGUUGCGCUAGCUUACUUCAUCGCUCCGGUUCUGGCCUUCUGCAAUGCCUAUGGCUGCGGCCUCACAGAUUGGUCCCUCGCUUCCAACUACGGCAAAAUCGCAAUCCUGAUCUUCAGUGCUUGUGUUGGCCCUGAAAAAGGUGGUGUCAUUGCUGGCCUCGCUUCUUGUGGUGUAAUGAUGAGCAUUGUCUCAACAGCCUCGGAUCUCAUGCAAGACUUCAAGACUGGAUAUCUAACUCUCGCGUCUCCUCGAUCCAUGUUCAUUAGCCAAGUUUUCGGGACAGCCAUGGGGUGUGUCAUGUCGCCUUUGAUAUUCUGGUUCUUCUACAAAGCUUACCGAGUUGGCGAUCCAACGGGCUCGUAUCCUGCACCCUAUGGCCUAAUGUACCGUGGAAUAGCACUCCUCGGAGUGGAGGGCUUUGGCUCACUCCCCAAACACUGCGUUGCACUUGCAGUCUCCUUUUUCGCAUUUGCCAUUGCCAUUAACGUAGUAACCGAGCUUUUGAAGCGUUACGAGACCAAGUACAAGAUCUACAGAUUUGUUCCAAAUGCAAUGGCCAUGGCAGUCCCGUUCUAUCUCGGCUCCUACUUCGUGAUUGACAUGUGCAUAGGAAGCUUGAUCCUUUUCGGCUGGAAGUUAUGGAACAAACAACAGGCUGAGGAUUUAGCACCGGCGGUUGCAUCUGGUCUCAUUUGUGGCGAGUCUAUGUGGGGUGUUCCAGCUGCGAUCCUAUCUCUUGCCAAUGUCAAAGCACCAAUAUGCAUGAAGUUCCUCUCUUACUCAGACAAUGAUAGAGUUGAUUCCUUUUUAUCUUCAUCAGGAUCUAAGUAG